AGGUAUUAUUUUAGGUAUUCACUCCUCCUUCCCCAUACGAUGACAGCUCUGCACUGAGUGUUCUGGAGGAGGGAGGUGUGUGGAGCUAUGAGUGUACGGGGUGCUAAGGUCAAGCCUGUGGCCUAAAAAGGCAGCAGCGGCAAGCAGCGGCUCUAAGAAUAACUCAGAUGAUGCACGUCACAAACACUGUGAAAAUGGUCGGGGAUUGGGUUGUUUUUUAUCAACCAAACAACAUUCAGUGUCUACAUGAGAGUUUCAAUGACUUUGAUUUAGAAGUGCAGUCAAGCUGCAGUUGUCACCAUGUGACGUUGUCAUAGUAGCUGCUGGGACAAAGCGACGUCUCACUUGCCCCUCCCAAAAUCUAAUUUUGUUGUACUGAAAGGGGGCUGGGUUCAGUCUGAGGCAGCCCCAAAGGGCAAAUACACCCUCAUCCCGGUCUCCGUCUGUGCCACCAGCCCCUGGACCACCUUGCUCCAGCUUGCAACCAUCAGGUUGUGUUGUCUCGCGGGGGAAGGGGUGAAGAAUGCCAAGUUUUGGAGGCAAAGAGUGAAACACACACUUUGGAUUAAACGCUGGGAUUAAAUCUCACACAGGAGGGAACUUUUAAUGACGACUUUUAGCUGAGAGCAAUGACUGAAGCAGAAGCGAGGUCGUCUUCCACAACCACAACCAUGGUUAUUGACGGUAAGAACGGAGACGCUGGAACUCCGUCCGUCCACCUGUCCAAGAAGACAUUCACCGAUGACUUGUACUCAACAUUCAGCUCGCCACUGGCCUGGAUCCUGGUCCUGGCCCUCAUCAUUACGUGGUCGUGUGUCUUUGUCAUCAUGUUUGACCUGACUGACUACAAAACCAUCUCAGGUGGCCUCAGCAGGAUCGGCUCUGACCCCAUAAAGGCCGUCAACGACGUGGUGGAGAAGUCCACCAACUUGGUCAGCGCAAUAUUGAAGUUUGCUGCCAGCCUUGUUGCCCCUGAGGAUGACGAUGGAAAUCUUUACGCCGUGAGGAAAAAAGAGUCAACUUGGUUGGAGGAGGAGGAAGAGCAAGUGGAGAGGAAGCUUAAGAGAAAAAAAGGAGAGUUUCUACCAUCACGAAGUAAAGUUAUUGGCAUGCAAGUGAAGAAGUCGCGGCCAGCGGUUGAGGUGGUCCACGAAGACGAUGAGGGAGAGGAUGAGGAGGCUCCUGGGCAGGAGGAAGAAGAAGAUGCCCAGGAAGAUGAAGAGGACCUUGAGGAGAAAGAUGAGGAGUCGGCAGAGGAACUAGAGGAGGAUGAGGGGUACGAGGUGGAGGAGGAAGAGUAUGAGGAGGAGGAAGAAGAGGAGGGAGCUGAAGAAGAUGAAGGAACUGGUGUGGAGGAACAGGAGGAGGUAGAAGCUGCAAAAGAAGAAGAUGUUGACGAUGACGAAGAGGAGGACAGGGGAGGUAAAGAAGACGACGUGGUUGGUGAGGAAGAAGAGGAGAUGAUGGAGGAUGAGGAGGAGGAAGCUGCAGUAGAAGAAAGAGUUGAAGAAGAAGAAAAGGAGGGGGUAGAGGUGGUGGAGGAGGAAGAAGACGAGGAGGAAGAGGAGGGAGUUGAAGCAGCUGUAGAUGAUAGUAAAGUGAAGGAGGAGGAGUUGGAAGAUGGCAGAGAAGAAGAUGAGGCUCACCAAGAUGAAGAUGCGUCAGCCAAAGACAGUGGUGAUGAGGAGGGAGCAGACACUAUUGAUGAAGAUGACAAAGAAGAAGAAGCUGAGCAGCAUGAAGAAGACGUUCCCUCCUUUGAAGAGGAAGAGUCAGCCGUUCCUCUAGAGGAUGGGGAUGCUGAUGAAGAUGUGUCUGCCAAGGAGGAUGAUGAUGAAGACGAGGCUUCUUUCACUGACAUCUCACAGUCUGUGCUUCUCCCUAGCUACGAAGAGGAUAGCGAUGAAAUCACUGUAGGAGAGGAGCCCUAUCUUCAUCCUACUGAUGAUGACAACGAUGGUGAUGAUGAGGAGCUCCUUCACAAAGUUUUGGAAGAUUACAUUAAAGCUGGUGAGGAUGAUGAAGAUGUCCUUUCUGACGCAACUCAUGAAGAGAAAGAGGAAGAUUUUGAUGUGUUGGCCAGUCUUCACAUUGACGUCUAUGACCUCAACAACAAAGAUGAUGAUGAAGAGGAGGAGGAAAGUGGCCUUCCUCCCUUUGAGAGCAGUGACACCUUGGCUGAUGAUGAUGAUGAUGAUGAUGAUGUUGAUGAGGAAGAGAAGGAACGUAUCCUUCCUCCAUUUGAGAGCAGUGACACCUUGGCUGAUGACGAUGAUGAUGAGGAGAAGGAAAGUGAACUAGAGGUCAUGCCGUCAUUGGACAGUGAUGAAGGUCACCUUGAAGAUGACAUCACACCAGAGUCUCAUCAAGAGGAAGAGGAUGAUGAUGGUGAAGAGGACUUGCUGUCAGUUGGUGUUCAGCAUGUUGCUGUUCAUGUGGAUGAUGAUUCCAUAGUGGAGCACCUCCCACUGGAAGAUGAAGAUGAAAAACAAGAAGAAAAAGCCAAGGCAGGCAAAUCAGAGGAUGAAGCACCUGCAGUGUGUCCGUGCAUGAGUGCUACUGCUACAAAGACCAAAAUGUCUGCUGCCAGGACCUCUGAGAAGAUAGAAGCUUCCAGGAGGAUCUCUGCUGUGAAGAGAAAAGAUCAUAAAGCAGUGAGGAGCACAGGACGAUCAUAUGACGAACCAAGGAGAACAGCUCUUCCCAGAAUUGCGAGUUUGGAGCCAAAAAUGAGACGGAUCAGGAGAAUUCCGGCUCUUCUUAAAGUCAAAAGAGAAGAAAAGCCCAAGAAGACCAAAGCAGAGCAACCUAAUGAGAAGCAACGUCCAAAACCAGCAGAGGUUCCAGAACCACAACAAGAUGUUAGUCCUUGCAGACCAGCACCUGUCUACUGGCCAUCCCCUCCUGGCUGGUAUGUUCAUCAGAUUGUCACAGACAACCCGUACCCACCUCCAACCGGAUCAGGGUCUGCUGCGUCGGUUCUAACCGCGAUGCAUCCCGCUGCCCCGCCCAUGCAGCCGCUUUAUCACCACCAACCAAUGAUGCCGCCGUUUUACAACCAGUAUCAGCCCUAUCUUCAGCCUGUACCACCUGCCAUGCAGCAGACACCAGAACCAGUGCCACCGGUCCAACAAGCUGAGCCAGUACAACAAUUGCAGCCAGUCCAGACAUCAGAACCUGUGCAACAUGCGGAACCAGUGAUGUCAGUCCAACCAACAGAACCUGUGCAAUCAGUCCAACAAGUUGAACCAGUAAAGCCAGUCCAACCAUCAGAAUCUGUGCAGCCAGUCCAACAAGUUGAACCAGUAAAUCCACUCCAACCAUCAGAACCUGUGCAACUAGUCCAACAAGUUGAACCAGUAAAGCCAGUCCAACCAUCAGAACUUGUGCAGCCAGUCCAAUCCGUUGAACCUGUCCAACCAGUAGCCACAGAACAAGCCCUGCCCACUCAGCCUCAUGUUCAGACUCCGACCACUGAAGCUCCGCCUGCUGUGGUGAAAGAACCUGAAGCAGAACCAGAAGCAGACAAGGUUCAAGAAGACACGGCAAAGAAAGCUGCUAAGAAGAAGAAGAGGAUAAGGACCACUGAUGCGAUUGAAGGUACUUUACUCUGCAAUCCAUAGUCACUUUAUUAGAUACAUGCAGCUACUCUAACGC